AUGGAACUUAAUCACUAUAAUACAAAGAAAAACACUUAUCUCAGUCUCAAACGCACAACCAAGAAAAACUAUUCAUGUCAACUAUGUGAAAUUACAACAGUAUAUGCUUCAUUAAAUGGCUUUCAAAAGCAUAUCAGGAAGUUCCAUCCCGAUGAAUGUCAAAAAGAAUACAGCAAGUUCUUUAGAAAGAAAAGAAAACCUAUUUUCUCUGAUUCGCGCUCUAUAUUCUCAACCGUCAACUUGAAUAAUAACACUAGUAGCAGUAGUAAUGAUAGCACCAACAGCAAUAGAUCUACCGAGAUAAACUUUAUCUUUGAAAGACCCGAAGAUAAUUACAGUAACAAUAAAUCCUCUGAUAAUGAAUUUGAAUCCGAGUACGACAAUAAUGAGCAUGGUCUGACUCUAGAAGAUGCCAUUAUAGUUGAAGACAGUACAAAUGAAAGAAAUGAUACCAACCCCUUGACGAAUGUGGAAAGGUACAGCGUAGAAGAAUAUGCUGCUGCAAUUGAGACACACAUGAGAGUCGCAGAGUCUCAUGAUUCUGUCAACCAAUACCCACACCCAAACUCGGUCGAAUAUACACGCAAACAAGCUAUUCUGCAGAGUGUGGAGCAAAUCUUGAAAGCGUCUGAUGAUUCGGAUCUGUUCAAGUCCAAGGUGGAACUCAUACUACUUACCCUGUUUCGGGACAUCGAAGGCCUGAGCGCAGAAAUACAAAUGAACAGGAUCAUGUUUGCCAUGGAGCUGCUCCUGGAGGUCCGUGAAGCAGUCGGAGAAAAGCUAGAUUUCCCCAGACCAGAGGCAGUGAUCAGCCAUCACUUGCAAUUAAAAAAUAAUAUAUUUAUAUAA